GUUGACAGACACUUGUCCUUUUUUCAGAUUCAUCUCUCUCCAUCAGGACAUAAUGUCAGCUAAAAGUGAAGGACUGACCCACUGUAAGUUCAGCCUGGUAUUUGCCAUCAUUAUGGACCUCAUUGGGAUUACCAUAGUCCUGAUCGGCGUCUUUGUCCCACUACAAGUUCAAGGUCGAGACUUCGGUGAUCUCCUGGUCUACUCGGGCGUGCUGCUGGUCCUGAUGUCAAUGGGAGGCUGGGUGAUGUGGUACAGUGGCAACAUUGAAGGCUUGCAUUUAGUGAAGGACCUUGGAUAUAGACAAAGUGCUGUGGAUCGUCUGGCUCGCUCGCUCAGCCGCCGUAUGCGUAAGAGCCUACACCCAACAUAGUCUGAGCAAUUAACACCUGAGGCUUCUGUUCUUCCUGCACUGUCGGAUUAACUUCUAUAUCCAGCUCAAAUAUUCAAGAUUAGUACGGGUAAAGUGGUGUGGUUUCUUAGCUACAACAGUUUACUGACUAGUGGUUAUACUUGUGAAUAUUAUUUAAAGAUUUAGUUGACUGAACAGUUAAUCGUUAAACCAACAGCAUUGCACACUUUGAAGUUAUUUAGCAAUUUUAUACACAUUUGUUACAAAUAUGAAUUGAACUUGAUCUAAUACUAUAAGCCUGUACUACAGUAUUUAUUACAUUUUACACUUUAGAAUUGGUAUUGAAGGCUUCUGAAAAGCAAACAAUAUUGUUACCUGUUCUAUCACAUCAUGCGGAAGUUCCUA